AUGACCAACAACCAAGAAGAUCGACACAUGAAUGAUCACAGGGAACAACCGCCUCUCACCACUCAAGAUUUACUCAACACUUUGGUAGCAGGUCAAGCCCAACUCCAAAAGGACAUCCAAGCAUUGAUCCAACGAAUGGGGAACAAGAACUCUCAUGAAUCCUCUAGGGCCCAAAAUGAUAAUGGACCCAAAAAUUCUAAAGAAAGCCAUGGCUUGGUGUUGACUGAAAAUGAAAAGAAUAUGGUUGAACGAAUGGACCAAAUGGAAAAGCUCCUAAUGAGAUCUAGAAGGGUUGAAGAAGCUAUGGAUCUGCAUUCACUUUCGCUCUUUCCUCAAGCAAGAGCCCCACCAAAGUUUAAGAUGCCAACAUUGGACAAGUUUGAUGGCAUGAGCUACCCUAAAGCCCAUUUGAAAAUGUACAUAAGAGCAUUGCAACCCUUGGGAGCUGAUGAAGAGUUAUUGGCCCAAAUGUUUCAAAAUACACUCACCGAAGCUGCCCUACGUUGGUUCCUAAAUUUGGAGGAUUCUCGAACUCAGACUUGGGAAGAUAUGUGCCAUGAAUUUUACAAGCAAUACAAGUACAAUACUGAGGUGGACAUCACUUGGCAAGACCUUGAGACAACCAAGCAAGAUUCCAGUGAAUCUUUUCACGCAUUCAUCACAAGGUGGAGGACAAAAGCAGCCCAGAUGACUGUUAGGCCCAAUGAGGAAGAACAAUUGAACAUGAUUGUGAAGAAUCUCCUCCCGACCUACAACAAGUAUCUAUUUGCUCAAUACUUUCCCAACUUCAAGACCCUAAUUGCUACUGGAACCCAAAUUGAAGAUGCCAUCAAUAACAGUGGAAUUAUCCAAGAUCUCAUGGACUAA